AUGGGAGCUGGCGGCAGUUUGCGAGUUCUUGUCUGCUUUAUGCUGACACGAAUAUUUGCGGAGAAAACUCCUCUAUAUAUUGGCGGUUUUUUCCCAAUGAGUGGACCCAACUCGAACCUGGGACUGACCACUCUUCCCGCCGUCCAGUACGCCAUUGACAUGGUGAACAACAGGACAGACAUCCUCCCCGACCACGAGAUUGUGUUGGUGUGGAAUGACACGCAGGGUAGUAACGCUGAGAGCAUAAAGCUCCUAUUCGACCUCAUCCAAACCCCUCCGAAGAAGCUGAUGCUGCUUGGACCGGUCAUGCCCAAGAUGGCGGCACAUGUAGCUGAAGCUGCCACAGCCUGGAAUUUACUACAGAUGUCGUUCGGAGCUCGGACACCAGACCUCAACUGCCGAACUCGUUUCCCCUACUUCUACCGAACUCUGGGACCGGAUCAGGUGUUCAACCCAGCCAAGGUGGCGCUCUUCAAACAUUUCCAAUGGAAACGAAUCGCCUGUUUGUACGAAGACGACAAGUAUCAAGUUUAUUCAACGGCGAAGAGUCACUUCAUGGAUCUAUGGAAAGCUGACGGUAAUGAGAUUGUGGCGUCUGAGUGUAUAACAGACACUGGUGCUUCUCUGGACAUACUUAAGCAACGUGAUGCCCGGGUAAUCGUGGCCAACAUACCAGUCAGCAAAGCCAGGCAGGUGUUCUGUGAGGCAUAUACACGGGGGAUGUGCGGGAAGAAGUACGUGUGGGUGAUGCUGGGGUGGGAGGCCGGCAGCUGGUGGAACGACCCCUCCCUCCCCUGCAACUGCACGGCCGAGCAGAUCAAGGAGGUCACUGACGGCAUGAUAAUGAUGGACUUCAUGCACAGCGAUGUAGGAACACAGGAGGCAUUUGACGUGAAUCCGACUGAUUUCGAAGCAUUCAUACGCCAGAAGUCAUCCCGUUACGACAAGUACGCAAGCUACGCCUUCGAUGGGGCCAUGAGCCUGCUAUUGACUCUCGACCAAGCGGCAAAGGAAAACGUAACUCUUGAGACCUUCUGCUACAAGAACGAAACGUAUGUGCGUACGUUCACCCGUAUCAUGUCGGAUCUGGUGUUCUAUGGACUUACGGGUAAAAUAGCUUAUGACAAUAAAGGGAACAGAAAGGGGCACACUUCCAUCACGCAGCUACAAGGUGAGUCCCAUCUCCAUCAGUCAUCCAACAGUAGUUCCUUGUGA